GAAAAGUGAAAAAACAACCCAAGUAGUAUCAAGAAAAAAAAAUCAAUUUAAAGAAAAUUAAAAAAAAAAAUAGAAGAGAAAUUAUUGAAUCGAUUGAUCAACGAACCCUAUAUUAUUAUUCUCUCUCAAUGGCAAUGGGUUCUCAAAGAUCGAAGCCGCCGCUGCAUAAUUUCACGCUUCCGUGUAAUUUGAAGUGGGGUCGCCGGAAGUUCUUGCGGUGCGGCAAGCUUGAUUUGAACGGAGAAAUCGUCGCCGUCCACCGGAGGUCUGAUGGGUCGUCAUCGUCGUCGGAGAAGUCUCUCGGGUGGCGAGGAUCGGAGGCUGCUUCUGGGUUGCAGGGCCUCGGAUCGGAGGGUGGCCGGGAAAUCCGGGCUGAGGUCGACGACGGGAUUGCCGCCGUGAGAAAGAGACUGCUGUUCGAUCUCCAGGCGGCGACGGAUAAGAUGAAAGACGCGAUUUUGAAGACGGGUCUGAGAGACGAAGGGCGGCGACCGCCUGUGGCGGAAGACGGCGGCGAACGCCCCCCGGCGCCGAUGACUGCUUCUCAGACUAUUACCCCAGUGGGUCCAUCGGAAACCGCCGGGCCGUGGAACUUCCGGACUCGCCGAUCGGGUAGCAAGGCACCGAACGGAUUCACCGGAGAUUCAAAUCUCCCUGUUCCGCCGCCGGCGUACGAUUCCCCAUUGAAGGCCGAAUACAAAUCUCCAAAGCUCCCCACUAGCUGCGCCGCCGCCAACGCCGCUUCUUCCACCGGGGAGAGAGCAAAGUUCUCCAUUGCCCUCUCCCGGCCGGAGAUCGAGGAAGAUUUCGCGGCCAUAAUCCGUCACCGGCCAUCUCGCCGGCCCAGGAAACGAGCUAAAUAUAUUCAGAAAAAUCUGGAUAGCCUAUUUCCUGGAUUGUGGUUGACAGAAAUAAGUGCUGAGAUGUACAGAGUUUCCGAUGAUCAGUAACAAGAAAAGAUUUUUUAUAUCUUCUUCCAAUUCUUUUAGCAAUUUAGAUUUGAUCUUUGAUAAAAAAAAUUCUCAUUUUAUGUUGUUAUUAAUCUUCCUGCAAAUUGAGAACAUAACAAGUUGCAGAUCUCAUUAUUAAUUACUCCAUAUUGUAAUAAUAAUUAUGAUUUUUUACAGAGAAAUAACAUUAUUAUUACAUUCAGUAAAGAUUUAAGAUUAAC